UGACAGAAGCCCAGAAUGAUGAUGUCAAGGCGGGUCACACUUGAAAUGAAAAGUAAAAGUAUUUUCCUCCUGGGCAUCAUCAUUUCAGGACAAAUGCUCAGGGACACAGCGAAGCUACAUGUAAAUGUGCUAAGGUUGAGCUGGUCAUUUCAGAUUACAGGAGUGCACAGACAUACUGAAGACAGCAGAUGGAUGUCUCUAAUAAUGAAGACAAAAGAGGAACUGUGGAGCCUGAUGAUGCUGUUUCUAAAAUCAGUAUCUGUGCCCAGAAUGGAAGCAUUAUUUCAGCACCUGUGAUACAGAACUCAACAGUCACUGGAGAUAUUAACAUUGCUCUUAAUUACUUCCCAGGACCUGAAUCUGAAGUCAAAGAUACAAGCACAUUGAUCACCGAAUACAAGAAGUCCGUGCUGUCCGACUAUGUCUACAUUACAGAAUACACCUCCCGUGCCGGUGAACAUGUGCUGCUAAAUGACCGCUACACUGAACCGCUGAUUAUUCAGAAACACAGAGAAAAGAAAGAGCGAGAGAAUGAGAUGUGCUCCAGAGGGGAAAGAUUCUUCAGCACCAGAGAAACAAAUCAAAGAAACCAAAACAUCAGGCUUGAUCAGCUUUUUGGCCCAGAGAAUGGCUCCAAAAUGGUGACUGGAAAAGCUGUCAUUCUCCAAGGUGAUUCUGGAAGUGGGAAAUCAAUCACUGCGCAAAAGAUCAUUCUGGAUUGGGCCUCUGGAGAGCUCUACGCUGGACUCUUUGAUGUAGUGUUUCAUCUGAGAUGCAAAGUGCUCAACGGGCUCUCUGGUGAGGUGAGCCUGCAGGAUCUCCUGAACUGUAGUUUAGCUCCAGAAGAGAUUGGUCAGAUCUUAAAAGACAUACCACAGAGGAUCUUGUUCAUCAUUGAUGGUUUUGAUGAAUUCGUGCUUUCAGGAACCAAAGUGUUACUGCCUCCAAAACCAGACAUCAAAUCCCAUUCACAGGCCAUUGUUUGCUCUCUUCUGAAAGGACAUAUGAUGAGAGAGUCCUUCUUGCUAGUUACUACGAGAUCCACCUCUGUAGACAAACUGGAGAUUGUUCUGAAAAAGCCACAGUGCUUUGUGGAAAUCAUGGGAUUUUCGGAAAAAGGAGUGGGUGAAUACUUCCAAAAGUUCUUUGAGGAUGAAGAGUUUUCAAGUCAAGUGUAUGAGCAGGUGAAGAUACAUGAGAUGCUCUACACCGCUUGCUUCGUCCCUGUCAUCUGCUGGAUCGUCUGCACAAUAUUCAAGAGAAAAGGGAAGAAUGGUGUUGCAACUAGCGAGUUGACAACAACCACAUCCAUAUUUGUUGAUUUUGUGCUCACACUCUUGAAACAUCACAGCAGUUUGAAUCCGCAUGACGAUCUCAACCUCCUCAAGAACCUGGGUCAGCUUGCAGAGAGUGGAACGCCAAAACGCCAAGUCCUUUUUUCCAGAAACAAUCUUCCAAAGGCAAUCUCAGAUUUACCAAACAUUCCCUUCCUGUGCAAAUUUCACCAUCAAGAGAGAAUUUAUCUAAAGGAGAUGUUUGGGUUCUUGCAUCUCAGCUUUCAGGAGUUCUUCACCGCUCUCUUCUACAUGUUAACAGACAAGGCAGAGGCGAAAAUAAAAGUCAGGGAGCUACUGGAAUUAGCAGGCAAUGGGAGGCACAAUAAGCAACUCUUACCUGUAAUCCGGUUCCUUUUUGGUCUCUCGAACAAGAAAGUGAGCCGUUUAAUCCCAGGGGAACAUACAAAGUCAACAUCUACCAUUAUUCGCGCAGAGCUGGAGAUAUGGAUCAGCAAAGUUAUAGAGAAGAACAUCAUGGAUUCAUUUUACAUGAGUGAUUUCAUUCUUCAUUGUCUGUAUGAGCUGCAUGAUAGUAACGUACUGAAGAACGUCAUGAAGCUGUGGGAACGCUCAGGCAUUAACAUCCACUGGUCUUUGAAGGGGGUCGACUCUCAUGUCGUGAUGUACUGUCUCCAGUAUUCUUCACGCAUUAUAACUAUGGAAGUCAAAAGCAAUGCGAAAGAUCUAAAGAUGCUCCACCCUGUGCUUUGUAGGUGUACAAAUUUAUGGUUGGAUUUUGAUUCAAUAUCUGACGCUGAUGUUACCCUCCUGACAUCAGCCCUGGGGAGAAGAAAGAACGUGGGCUAUUUGACUAUGGAGGAUGGAGCCCUGUCAGAUGAAAGUGUGCAGAAGAUCCUGAAAACCCUCAGUGGACAAACAUCAGUGGGUAACAUUCGGCUGGUGAUGAGGAACAUCAGCAACACCAGUGUCGAUUUAACCAUGAAUUUUCUUGUUAAAGAGAUGAUGGAAAGAAAGUUCAGUGUAUGUAUUGCCAGUCAAGCAGAUAACAUGGACAAGAGUCUUUGCUCAGAGUUCACUAUUGCAAGAAAAAACGAUUCCUUCUGGUUCACUGUUGGCCACUCAAACGGGCAUCAGGGUGAAAUCUCAGGAGAACCUGGUCUUUGUUAUUAUCAGGGUUUUUCAAAAAUAUCCUUUGGUCUUUGUCCUUUCUCUGCAAUACCCAUGACUGACUUACUCAAGACAUCUCAAAACCUCAGGAGCUUCUCAGACAUGAAAAACACUGAGUUUGAUGUGAAUGUGGAUGCACUGCUGUCUUUCCUAAGUCAUGUUCCUGGUUUAACUGAGGUGGACAUACAAGCUGAGUACCUCACAGAUAUUUGGACUUCUAAGAUACUGUCCUACCUUCAAGUCAAUCCAAAGAUUUCUCACAUAAAGUUUCAUUUGAGCAAUCUCAUGAUUAGUGAUGAGGAAAGGGUUUGUUCAACAUUUUCGGUCUCUAGAAAGCCAUUUGAAGAGUUCAAGAUGCACGACAGUGAAGAGAAAAAUCCAUCAUUGAUUCUUGCAAUGGACAGAUGGGCUUAUGAUAUAGCGUUAGAACACAUGCAUAAAAUAUCCUAUGUUCUUUUAAUUAUUUAUUUUAAAUUCAAGACAAAGAAAUGUAAAUUCAUAACCAUUUUAAAUCCUAAUGUGUGUAACAUUUACUUUAUGAAUAUGAAUGUUUCCAGAUCUGGUAGCAAUGGAGAGUCGGUACAUCCACAUCGACUGGACAAACCGGCACUGGUGAAGCUCAUUCUCAGUUUCCCUCCUCUUAAAGGAUCUAGUGCCAGUUGGGAGGUUCUUUUCAAAAGGCUUUACCAACUCAUUCAGUUGACAGAACAAAGCCCAGAGCUGGAUGAGCAUAUGGAUUCUCUGCUGCUAUACCUUCACUCUGUUCCCGGUCUGAAGGAAGUAAAAGUUUGGCUAAACAACCUGAUUGAGAGCUGGGCGGCUGGUCUGUUCGCCCUCUUUCUGUCUUGUUCUAGCUUACUUCACUUGCAAUUGAAAACCAGUAUGUCUCUUGUUAGUGAUGUGGAGAGUCUGGGUAUAAUGAGAGAUGAUGGAGUGAGGCUCUCUGUUGGCUGUAAUCAUCUGAAAUAUAUAGAUGACUUCUCUGAUAUCAACCUGUUUAAACCUCCAGAGCACAAAGUGCUUCCCUGCAUAAGCAUCACUUUAACAGAUGACUCUGAGAAUGCAAAUGCUGACUGGAGGAGAUUCUUUCAGGCCUACAACCAGCUAAAAGACUUGACUGAGUUUUCUUUAGAAUAUGAUGAGAGUGUGAGUGAGCUGAUCUCUGUCCUGCACUCGGUCUCUGGUCUGAAGGAAUUGGAUCUUUUCUUCAGAUUCAUGACUGUGGAUGGAGCAUCCAGAGUCCUGGACCUCAUUCAGACAAACACCAGUCUGACUACAUUAAAUUUUGUGACAGUCAAGCGGCCUGAGAUAAGUAAGGCUAACAUCAAGAAGGACUGCAGGAAUGAAUUCUUCUGGGCUCGGUCUACAGGAGAGAUAUCAGAUGACAGUGAUGAAGAUGGCAUAUCUCCUCCUCUCAGUGACUGCAGCGAUGAAAUCAACCAGAGUGAUUCUUAUGAACUGGACAGCGUGGAGCAUGUUGUCUGCUCAGAUAUCAGGAUGUGGAAGAGAUUAUCAGGGCAAUGCAGGGUGUCUUUGAAGUGCACCAGCUCCAGUCCCAGGACAAAGUCGCUGUUCUCAGACAUAGAGCUCAUCCUGUCUGAAAACUCAGAAAAAACUAGCAGUGACUGGAAAAACUUUCUAAAAGCAUAUAUCCAAUGCAAAGGGAUCUCUAUAAUAAGUCCUACAUUUGAAGAGAGUGUGGAUGCUCUGUUGUUGUCCCUGCACUCGAUGUCUGCUGUGAACGAGGUGCGACUGACCACCGACAGACUGACCGAGAACUUGGCUGUGAAGAUCUUCUCCAUGUGUCACACAGCUCCCAGUCUCCAUAACAUCUGUUUGCAGGUGGAGUACAGUAAUACACACAGUGAGCUCAGUGUGUGUUCCUCUCUCAACAUCACCAGAAACACAGACUCUACCUUGACAGUCGACAUUCAGUUGGCCAGUGAUAGCAUGAUUGAAACAUCUCCAUCAUUCAUUUCAUUCAUAUCGCCAUGUUCAGAGAUUUCUAAACUGGACGGACAGGAACUCUUUGAAACUCUUGACAUCCUUAAAGGUUUAGAAGAUGGAUGUGAAGAGCAUGAAGAGCUUGUGGGCGAUUUGAUGUCCACUUUGCUCUCCGUUUCUGGUCUGCAGAAGGUCAGACUCAAGAUCAGCAGUCUAACGGAGAACUGGAUGAAGAAGUGUCUGUUCUUAACUGAAGUCUGUCCCAGUCUUCAGGAGAUCAGAUUUGACUGCAUAGAAAGUGGUGGCUUGUUGUUGGAGGAGGUAGAGAGGAUUCUGCAGAGCUCUCAGAUGGAUACAGAUUGCAGGAUAAUUAUCACAGGGAUGAAGCGCAGUAAAGCCAUGAAUGGGUGCACUGCAGUCAUGAUGGACACAUCCAGAUCAUCAUCAGCCUGUGAUCAGAAAGUGAAAGUCAGCUUUUUCAGGGACUCUCUCACAAGACGGUUCACAAUAGACAACAUUGAGACAGAAGACACUAAUGACGACGACCCUGAGGAUGAAGACAUUAUCUUUUAUUAUUGAUGAAUGCCAGAAAAUGAAUCCAAUAUUAAGAUUGUUUAGUAAAAAUACAUAGUUCCAUAUAUUUCUAUUGAGCCUGUCCUCCAACAAAAAUGACCAUAUAGGUCGUUUGUGCAAGCACCUUAUUUCGACCUAUCUUUAUGUUUUAAGGUUAAGGCAAAAAAUAAUGGCAGUAUCGCAUUGCGUCUGUCAUCAUGAAAUGACGUAUAAUGUCAUUACCAAUCAAAACGCACAUUUAUUAAAGUGCAAUGUGUGGGCUUUUUACACCAAUCUCACAGUAUUUCUUACAUAUUUUACUAGGUGGCUUAUUUGUUCGAAUGAACACACCUAACCCCACCCCUAAACCUAACCCUCACAGAAAUCAUGCUAAAUAAUGAUUUAUUGAGCAGAUACAUUUUCGUUCACGUCCGUUCCCUUGGAUCGAACCCAUGAUUGCAUGAUUACAAAUCAAGGUAUAACGCAAUAAUGUACCAACUGAGCUACACGAAACGCAAAUCAGAGUACAAAACAUUAAUAUGAAAACGACCUUUUUUCCAUAGGGGCGCAAUUGUAGUAUACGCUCUGAUGGAUCGUAUUUCAGAGAUUUGGACAAACAACCUAUACGAGCGUAUUGGUUGGAGGACAGGUUGUAUUUAUUAGGCAUUUAUUAGGCUUUAUUAAUCUUAAAGGCAUAUUCAUCUGUAAAUUAAACAAAUAUUAUACCAAGAAUAACAUAUUUGAAAGGUUAACCUUAGUGCUAUAAAUCUAUUAAAAAAAUAACUAAUCAAUCACACAUUUUUUAUACAAUUAAUUGUGAUUAAUUGCAUAUUAAUAUAUUUAUUUUAUCAUAAUUUCACAUUGAACCUCCAAAUUAAUGAGCAAAUAACAAAGACGUUAUAUUUUAAAUACGGUUUAAUGUUAUCUUUUUUCCAAGUAGCCUAAUGUUAAUGAAGGCCAGUAUCAGUAUACCAGUAAUGUUACUGAUAUCUCUUACAUUCAUUUUCUCUCAAUUUUAGCCAAUAAUUAUAGCCUUUCAACAUUACAGUAUAACUGAAAGCCAUUAUUUUUUAACACUUAAUAGGCUCUGAAAAAUGACAACUCUAAAUUUAAGUGAACUUAAAAACAGUCUUCACAUAAACUACAUUUUUUAUGUAUAAACUAUAAAAUGAAUAUAAAUUAAUCUUUAUUCAAACUACAAAAGUUAAUUAGCGACUAGAGCAGUGGAGUGAUUUUUCUUUUCUUUUUUUGUUCUUUGAUUUACAUCAAUGACAGACUUUAUCAGGUUUCACUUUAAAAGCAGUGCUAUCUCUUUAAAACCUGAUCCACAAUAAUUUUGGACUGGUUUAAGACUGUGUUUACGAGGUAACUCACCAUAACUGCACAUUUUAAUUUCACAUUUUAAUGAUUGUGUGCGUUUUUGCCUGCUGAAGCAGCUCAGUGUGUGUGGAAAAUCGAACGCGCAGCGUUUCAAACUCCAUUUGACAAUAAACUUUGGAAAAUUAUUAAUUUUGUGAACUUCAAUUAAAAUUGUGAAAGCUCA